AUGCUUUCAAGGGCCUGUUUAAGAGGCUUCGGCCUGCAGUCGCUGCCAAAGAGACAAGCGUAUCAGCUUGCUCGACGGACUGUCACCACGGAUGCCGCCAGCUCUCAUGCAGAAAAGGACGAUGAAGAUGAUAAGCCCUUCCCCGUCAAGCUCUCCGACGAGAGUUUCGAAACCUACAACCUCGAUCCUCCCUCGUACACUCUCGAGACGACGAAGAAGGAGUUGAAACAGAUGUACUAUGACAUGGUAGCUAUACGUCGUAUGGAAAUGGCCGCCGACAGAUUGUACAAGGAAAAGAAGAUCCGAGGAUUCUGCCACUUGUCAACCGGUCAAGAAGCCGUCGCUGUGGGUAUUGAACACGCCAUCACCAGAGAUGAUGCUGUCAUCACUGCCUACCGAUGCCACGGCUUCGCGCUCAUGCGUGGCGGCACUGUCAAAUCCAUCAUCGGGGAACUCCUAGGGCGACGAGAGGGGAUUGCCUACGGAAAAGGAGGCUCGAUGCACAUGUUCGCUCCAAAUUUCUAUGGCGGUAAUGGUAUUGUUGGAGCUCAAGUGCCUGUGGGUGCUGGUAUUGCUUUCGCGCACCAGUACACUGGCAGCAAGACUGCCACGGUUACUCUGUACGGAGAUGGCGCUUCCAACCAGGGCCAGGUGUUCGAGGCCUUCAACAUGGCCAAACUGUGGAACCUCCCCGUCUUGUUCGGCUGCGAGAACAACAAGUACGGUAUGGGUACCUCGGCGGCUCGGUCGUCAGCUCUGACCGAAUACUACAAGCGAGGUCAAUACAUUCCGGGUCUCAAGAUCAAUGCGAUGGACGUGCUCGCUGUCAAAGCGGCGGUCCAGUACGGCAAGGAAUACACGGCCAGCGAUAAAGGGCCUUUGGUGUUUGAAUAUGUCACAUACCGCUAUGGUGGCCACUCCAUGUCGGACCCAGGAACGACGUACCGAACCAGAGAAGAAAUUCAACGGAUGCGAUCUACCAAUGAUCCCAUUGCCGGGCUCAAGCAAAAGAUUCUGGACUGGGGCGUGUGCACAGAGGAUGAGCUCAAGCAAAUUGACAAGAAGGCACGAGAGGACGUGGAUGGAGAGGUCACCGAGGCAGAGAAGAUGGCCCCUCCGGACCCGACGGAAAAGAUCCUCUUCGAGGAUAUCUACGUCCGUGGGAGCGAGCCGGCCUACAUUGGUGGGCGCACACCUGAUGAGACAUACUACUAUUGA